AUGUCAUGGCGGGCGUCCGAGACCCUGAUGGACACCAUCCGGCACUACGCCAAGUUCCCAGCGACUGGCGUGAGCUUGCGCCAGAUGGUGCAGUUCGGCGAUAAGCCGUCCACAGAAGGAAAACAAGAGGAGGGAACAAAGAGCGAGGGCGAGAGCAACAAGAUCAUAUGGACUGGACCAACAGCAAGAACCCUCUUCCGCGCCUCACAAUUCCUGGCCGAGGAGCUGCCAAUCCGCCUGGCGCACCGCGUCGAGGAGCUGGAGCUGCUGCCCGACGGCCUCAACGACAUGCCCUCUGUGAAAAAGGUCAAGGACUGGUAUGCCCAGUCCUUUGAGGAAAUCACCCAGCUCCCUCGACCGCGCCUCGCCAAAGACAUCAAGGAGCGCCUCCUGAAGCCCGCCAAGUUUGGCAGCCGCGGCGGCUACGCACAGCUCUCCGAGUCGACGCCGAACCCGUCCAUCGACGAGGGCGAGGCCUCGGGCUGGGGCCGCCUACAACUCCACGGCAACGGCCACGGCAACGGCAACGGCGCAUCAACGUCAAACGGCCACGGCAAGGCCCGGUCCGUCGCGCGGCGGUACUUUGCCACGGUCGACGACACGGGCGACUGGCCGCCCGAGCUGCAGCUCUACAACCAAAAGUUCGCCCAGUGCCUGCACAAGAUCAAGCGGCGGCACGACAGCGUCGUCACCACCAUGGCCCAGGGCAUCCUCGAGUACAAGCGGCGGCGCCAGCGCAUGCAGAUCGACUCCAACAUCCAGUCCUUCCUCGACCGCUUCUACAUGUCGCGCAUCGGCAUCCGCAUGCUCAUCGGCCAGCACAUUGCCCUGACGGACCAGAGCCACCACCGCGACCCCACGUACGUCGGCGUCAUCUGCACAAAGACAAACGUCAAGGAGCUGGCCCAGGAGGCCAUCGAAAACGCCCGCUUCGUCUGCGAGGACCACUACGGCCUGUUCGAGGCGCCCCGCAUCCAGCUCGUCUGCAACCCCAACCUCGACUUCAUGUACGUCCCCGGCCACCUGUCGCACAUGCUCUUCGAGACGCUCAAGAACUCGCUGCGCGCCGUCGUCGAGACCCACGGCAUGGACAAGCAGGAGUUCCCCGUCACAAAGGUCAUCGUCGCCGAGGGCAAGGAGGACAUCACCAUCAAGAUCUCGGACGAGGGCGGCGGCAUCCCCCGCAGCGCCAUCCCCUUGGUCUGGACCUACAUGUACACCACCGUCGACAGAACGCCCAACCUCGACCCGGACUUUGACAAGAGCGAUUUCAAGGCCCCGAUGGCCGGUUUUGGGUAUGGCCUGCCUAUAUCAAGACUCUACGCCCGCUACUUUGGCGGCGACUUGAAACUCAUAAGCAUGGAAGGACCCCCAUCGGCCCUCAGCAUCCGCAGCAAGCUCAAGAGCAACACCAAGCGCGAGGUCACUGAGCGUCGGCAGGUGGGGGACGCCGAGGCGGUGGUGAAUGCGCCUCCGAGCAGCUUCCUCCCCAAGGACGACAAGGAGCUGUGA